UCUGAAAGAACGAAGAGCGCGCUCUCCCGUCUCCUCGUCCCAAUUAGUUCGCCUGCUCGUUCCUCUCGCACGUGUCUAGCAGCUGGCUUUUAAGGGGUUUCUUCCUCUUCCACUCAUUCCCCCGCGGACUUGGAUCCCAGCUUUAAAUGGGAGAGGCGACUUUUUAAAGGCUGCAGCCCUGUGCACCGUUAUUUGUUACAAUGGGCUUGGCUUUGAUGCCAAUAUUUGCGGUUUCAGUGGGCAAUGUUUAUUUUGUUGUUGCUUUUGUGUUUGGAUUUUUAAGGCGUUUUAAGUUCCUUUGAAAAUUAGGUCCGUAUAGCUGCAAAGUUCAUCACCCAUGCCCCUCCUGGAGAAUUCAAUGAAGUGUUUAAUGGGAAUUUGGGGCUGUGCAAACAGACAGCAGCGAUACUGCUGCCUGUUGCAAGUGCCUGGGAAGGAAGAUGAAACUACACGUGCUGCUUGCAGCUGAUUGAACACUUACACAUGCAAAGUGGGAGCUUCAGUUACCUUCAGUAGUGCAUAAAGGAAAAGUGUUCAGGAGAUGUCCGAUUACUGCUUAACAAUGACAGUCUUCUUAGGGAAGGGGCAGCCCAUGCGUUUGCCCAGUAUAACAUGGAUCAGUUCACUCCUGUGAAAAUAGAAGGAUAUGACGAUCAGACUGAGUCUUCAAGAAGGUGGCAGCAAUUGAGCAUGGCUGGCUUAAUGCCUUUAAGGCAGUACCAUCAUGAACGAACUGUCUUAAUCACAGAACAUGGUGAUCUUGGUAAUAGCCGGUUUUUAGACCCAAGAAACAAGCUUUCCUUUAAGUUUGAUCAUUUAAGGAAAGAAGCAAGUGAUCCCCAGCCAGAGGACACAGAUGCCGUGCUAAAGUCCUGGAGGGAUGCCUGUGAUGCUGCACUAAGAGCAUAUGUGAAAGAUCACUAUCCACAUGGCUUUUGUACUGUUUAUAGUAAGGCUAUAGAUGGGCAGCCAACAGUCAUUGCUUGCAUUGAGAGUCACCAGUUUCAGCCCAAAAAUUUCUGGAAUGGGCGCUGGAGGUCAGAAUGGAAGUUUACCAUUACACCACCUACAGCUCAGGUGGUUGCAGUGCUCAAGAUCCAGGUGCAUUACUAUGAAGAUGGUAACGUGCAGCUGGUUAGUCACAAAGACAUACAGGAUUCUGUAGCAGUUUCGAAUGAUAUCCAAACAGCCAAGGAGUUUAUUAAAAUAAUUGAACAUGCAGAAAAUGAAUACCAGACAGCAAUCAGUGAAAAUUAUCAGACAAUGUCAGAUACCACAUUCAAAGCCUUACGCCGCCAACUGCCUGUCACCCGUACCAAGAUUGACUGGAACAAAAUCCUCAGCUACAAGAUUGGCAAGGAAAUGCAGAAUACUUAAGGAUAGAGCAGAGGUGGCAUACAAAAUGCAAAGAAAACAAAGCAAGUGUGGUCUUAUGCCAAGUAGGUGGGUUCUCUGGCAUGUUGGCACUUGUGUAGGACUUUCAGAUUUAACAGUUUUUCUAGCCUUAUGGAGAACUGUCAACCACAUAGCAUUGUCUUGUUUUCUGUGUCCCUGCCAUGUAAACAUCCUAUGUAAAAGUAAUCAUGCAUUUUCUAGUAGGAUUUCUUCAGUUGGCCACUUCAGGAUCAGCACUAUCUGUUCUCGUAUUUGUUGGAAAACUUAAGUGGGAAAGUCCUUCUAGAAAUGCAAGCUUGUAAUGUUGGGAAUACUGUUCCAAUGCUCUUGCCAGCACUCCAGGUAUUGUGUUCGGUUUAAUGGGACUGCUGACAGCUUUAAGAUGUUGCACUGCAUCAGAUACAACUUGUCUUGAGUUCCCCCCGUUGCCAAUCACCACCUAGCAAUAUCCACUAGGCUUAGCUUUUCAUGUUUGCAAGUUGUUUACAAGACUUCUCCCAGAAAUCCCAAGAAGGCCAGGUUCUCUGGAAAGGUGUUUUUUGGGGGGAGUUGUUUUUGUUUUGUAAAUCCAAAGACUUGAGCCACAUUUUCUUCUGGUGAAUUACUUUUUUCUUUGUCAUUUCCUAGAAGUACGAUUAAUCUGCAUUUUUACGGAAUGGGUUCUCCAUUGUCCUUUUUAAAUACUUGUCUGAUUGCUGCAAAAAUGUUUUGUUUUGAUGGAGGAAAAAAUUGCAAAAAUGAAAAACUGUAAAUGUUUAAUGAACUUUGGGUUUCUUGUGCUUUAAUGCUUUGUGGCAAGUUCAUUGCAUUUGUACCAGAGAUGUAUGGACAUGUCUAAGUGGUCAAUAAAAUAUUUGCACCAAAGCAUUUUCUGGUGUUGCUAAUCAUUUGACAUACUCAAAGGACACUUGUUUCAUUGGCUAUUUGUUGAGAUUGUAAAUCCUUAAGAAUGUUGGAGAUAUUAGGAACCAGUUCCCAACAUGAGAGUGCUUGCUAAAUUGGAGCAAAAUCUAUCUAGUCCAGAAUGUUAAUUCUAGCAGCGGCUAACCAACCAACCUUGUUUUUGUUUCCUACAUAUAUUGUCUCUGUAUGUGGAAGUUAUCAUGGUUAAUAGCUAUUGAUAAAUGUUUCACUAAGAUCCCAAUAUCUAUCUUCCACAUGGUGUAUAUAUAAUUGACAUUUUUAAAGUAAUUUUUGUUCACAACUAUUUGCAAAAUACUCUGUAUAGCAAACAUUAAGAACAAAUAUAGUAGUGAUCAACAUAAAAUAAAAUACAAAAUAAACCUGAAUCAGUAGAUCAGAUUGAUACAUCAGCAUAGCUGGGUCACUCUUCCAGGAAAGCCUGGGUGAACAGAUGAGUUUUAAGCAGGCACUUAAAUGCCAAUACUGUAGGUGCCUGCUUGAUGUUCAUUGGAAGUGUAUUCUAAAGGGCAGGUGCUGCCACAAUAAAAGCUCUGGUCUUGGCAGACAUAAGAAUAACCUCAGGAGCAUACAGCAUUACCAACGGUGUCUCUCCUAAGAAUCAAAGUGACUGGGCAGGAGUAUACAAAGUGAUGCAUUCCUGGAGGUAACGUGGUGCUCAAGACUUGAUACAGUAGGGCCCCACUCAUACGGUGGGUUAUGUUCCACACCCCUGCCGAAAAGCGGAACUCCGUCAAUAAAAUGGUGCGCUAUGCCUGAAAAACACCGUAAAAGCAGAACAAGCGCCGUAUGAGUGGGGCCUUACUCUAAUUGAAAACCGCCAUAUUAGCAGAAUGCCAAAAAGCGGGCUGCCGAAAAGCGGAGCCCUACUGUAUACCAAUAGCAAGACCUUAUAUUUGGUGUGGUAGCAUAUUGGCAAUCUGUGCAGCAGCUCUUUCAGCACAGGUAUUGCAUGCUGUUGGUAGGGCAACUUCAACAGCCUUGCUGCAACAUUCUACAAUAGCUGCAGCUUCCAGACAAACCUUACGAAAAGCCCCACAUAAAGUGCAUUGCAGUAAUCCAGUGAGGAAGUAUGGACUCGAGCUCCCUUGGGGAAUUAAGGGAAAUAUGGCAAAUUGGCUUGAUAUGCUUUGCAUUUACUGCUUGCUGAGAAACCUACUUGUGACAUUCGGGGUAAAGGGUAGAACAUCAUGACAAACAAUGGCUGUGUACCCAAAAGGCAGAAGUGGUGAAAGAAAAUUUUGUAAGAAGGUAACAGUUUGCAGAAACAAUCAGAGUCAUCAGGAGAAAGUGGUAAACAUGUUUAUGUGCCAGGAACUCAUACCCUAACUCAUUUGGUGAAGACCCUCUGUUUCCUUUAUGUCCUUGUAGGGUAAGAAUUAUACUGUAUAACCUUGCUUCAGUAUAUGGUAAUUUGUUUUUGAACUGCUAUGAGUAUAAAUGUGCAUGUAACAGGUCAAAGGGUAGAGAGAGAUUUUCGACUGAGUGAUCUCUCUCCUGAUGGCCAUCAGUAUUAUUUUCUUUCAAUAAACAUCUAUCCAAUCAA